AUGUCUGAAGCCGUCAUCCAUGAACGGGAACAAGACGACGUAGACGUCGAAAGAUACUCAAAACGCGCCAAACUCGAUUUCGAACCACAUGAUCUCCAUUCCGAGCUGACCGAAGCUCCACCACAACCACCAGAGACAGAACACAUCCUCCCUCCCAGUCAUGCUUUGCUUGGAAUACCUCUUCCAGUCGCCAAGGAAGGUUCCGCCUUGAACUUCCUUGAAGCAGAUGUCGGAAUCUCAGAGUACAUUGGACGCGGAGAGGCUAAAGUUGAAGGAAUCAUCAAGCAGAGAUUUACUGACUUCUUGGUCUACGAAGUCGAUUUGGAUAGUAAAGUAAUCCACCUCAAGUCCUUGGAGAAACCCAAGUCAUCCAAUGAGGCCUCCCAACCUGCCGCCGCGUCGUCGUCAACUAACCAAGAUGAGGACGUGACGAUGAAGGACGCUGAACCUGAAGUUCCUGCACCAUCCGCAGAACCCAAGGAGGGGGAAAGCAAACCUGAAUCAGCGGGAAAGCCAAAACCUACUCCAGAGGACCCGUGGCCAGAGUACUUCACUUCGACGUUGUCUUCCUUUCUCGACGAGGAAGCCGUGGUUCAACUCAAGAAGAUGUAUCUUGAAGGGCCCGAACCCCCUCGAGUAAGCGAUUCUGGCUGGGCAGCCGUGUUCCAAAAGCGGCUCCCGAUGGAGCGGAUCCCUCGACACCAGAAGUUGAAGAACCCACCCCUGCACCUGAAGAGAAAGGCGGAAGAAAUGGUAAACGAGGUGAUCGCGGUCGACGGGGCGGUAGAGGAGGGGGAAGAGGCGGCCGUGCAACUGGUAGGGUGGAAGAUAAUCGAAAAGUUCUAUCAACCUCUGGCCUCAAAAGACACUCGUACCGCUUUCCACAAAACAAUAAGGGAGCUGUUUGGAGGAAAGCUAGAGACAGAAACCGACACUUCUGGUCCUCCUACCGAUGAGGGCUCUCGCAUUGCCAUAAAGUGGGGUAGACGAGGAGGGCGAGGAGGGCGAGCAAACGAUGCUGGCGGACGGGCGCCUCGCGGCACAUAUCCUCCAUACGUUCAUUUUACAAUGCAAAAAACCAAUCGCGAUACUCAGGACGCUCUUGGACAUUUAUCUCGCCUUCUCCAUGUCAGCACCAAGGAGCUCUCAGUUGCGGGUACAAAAGACAAACGCGGUGUAACAGUGCAGCGCGUUUCGUUGAACCGACACAAAAAGACGGUAGAGGAAGUCUGGAGCCUUGUCAAUAACGCUGGCUCCAGGAGGACUAACACGGAAGUUUUGUCCCAGCGCGGAGAGAGAGGGAUACGCAUCGCUGAUCUGAACUACCGUAAAGCAAGUCUAGAGCUCGGUAUGUUGAAGGGUAAUGCAUUUGUCAUAACAUUAAGAAAUGUCAAGGUCGAAUCCAUGGAGAUUUUGGACGAAGCUAUGAACACGAUCAAAAAUAAGGGAUUCAUCAAUUAUUAUGGAAUGCAGCGCUUCGGAACGGCCUCCGUCCCGACACAUUCCAUUGGCCUUGCUCUGCUUAAGUCGGAGUGGCAAAAGGCAGCCCACAUGAUCUUACAAAAGAGACAUGGUGAACACCCUGACGUUGAAGCAGCCCGCGAUGCUUGGCUCGUCGAACGUGACUUAGAUAAAGCCCUCAGUCUGUUCCCUAGACGGGUCGUUGCCGAAAGAUGCAUUCUCGAGAGUUUCAAGAAGCAGAAGGGCGACACAAGGAACGUGAUGGGUGCCUUGUCAACAAUCCCUCGGAACCUCCGCCUGAUGUACAUUCAUGCGUACCAAUCGUAUGUGUGGAAUGCGAUUGUUUCUGAACGCAUCCGUGUAUAUGGCAGCGACAAGCCAGUAGUUGGAGACCUCGUCUUUGAGAGAAUGCCCGUACCAGAAAUGGAGGUCGACUCUGAAGGUGACGAAUCUCUCCACGCAGACGGUGAUGGAGAUGAGCAUGCCGAACAAUCGAACAAAAGAUCACGAAAGCCUUAUUCUGCUCCUCGAGUCAAGACAUUAACAGAGGAGGAUCUCGAUAAAUAUACCAUCUUCGACGUGAUCAUGCCUCUACCUGGGACGGAUGUGGCGUAUCCCGGGGGAAAACUAGGCGAGAAGUACCGGGAGUUUCUUCGGGUAGAUGGCUUGGAUCCCAACAAUUUUGUGAGGAAGCAAAGGGAAUACACUCUCAAUGGCUCCUAUCGAGCUAUUCUCCACCUACCGAGGGAACUGUCAUGGUCCGUGUUACGCUACACUGAUCCGGAUGUCUCUCUUGCUCAGUCAGACGAAGACAAAUUACUCGGAUUCGACCCACCUGCUACGGUCGAGGAUGGCAAAUUCAUGGCGCUGCAAAUUAAUCUCACCCUCGGAACGGCUGCCUAUGCGACGAUGGCACUGCGUGAGAUAACAAAGACGGACACCAGCGCGCACGUCCAAACGAGCCUCACGCAGCAAGCCGAGGAUCAGAAAUAUCGAGGAAGCGGGUUGGAUGGCGCAGCAGAUGAGGCCGUAGAUGAACAGCCUUCCUCUUCGUUCAACGUGGACGCUUUGUCCGGGAGAUAA